UUGCAUCAGCCGCUGGGUCUGUGCUGGCGGCUGGUACGUCGGAGAAGAUUGUGUUUGCUGCAGGGCACCUCGCGGGGUCUGGCGCGGUGUGCCGGGAGACUAAGAAAAGAAGGGCUAGAGUAAGUGUUCCCCUGGGCCGCUUGAGUCGGAGCUAGAGUAUUUCCUUCCUGCCAGGCAAGUGCCCGUAGGAACCGGACCCCGCCCCCUUCCCGGCCUAGACUCUCUUUCCCCUCCCUGUCCCUUUCCCACUGGGGAUCUUUUCGUUUCCUCUUGUUCUGCCUGCGAACCCCCGCCGAGGUCAUGAAGCUCGUGAGAAAGGACAUUGAGAAAGACAAUGCGGGCCAGGUGACUCUAGUCCCCGAAGAACCUGAGGAUAUGUGGCACACCUACAAUCUAGUGCAGGUGGGCGACAGCUUGCGUGCCUCCACCAUCCGCAAGGUACAGACCGAGUCCUCCACGGGCAGCGUAGGAAGCAACCGGGUCCGCACUACUCUCACUCUCUGCGUGGAGGCCAUUGAUUUUGACUCUCAAGCCUGCCAGCUGCGGGUUAAGGGGACCAACAUCCAAGAGAAUGAGUAUGUCAAGAUGGGGGCUUACCACACCAUUGAGCUGGAGCCCAACCGCCAGUUCACUUUGGCCAAGAAACAGUGGGACAGUGUGGUCCUGGAGCGCAUCGAGCAGGCCUGUGACCCAGCCUGGAGUGCAGAUGUGGCGGCUGUGGUGAUGCAGGAAGGCCUCGCCCAUAUCUGCUUAGUCACUCCCAGCAUGACCCUCACUCGGGCCAAGGUGGAGGUGAACAUCCCUAGAAAACGGAAAGGCAACUGUUCCCAACAUGAUCGGGCUUUGGAGCGGUUCUAUGAACAGGUGGUCCAGGCUAUCCAGCGCCACAUAAACUUUGAUGUUGUGAAGUGCGUCCUGGUGGCCAGCCCAGGAUUUGUGAGGGAGCAGUUCUGCGACUACAUGUUUCAACAAGCAGUGAAGACCGACAACAAAGUGCUCCUGGAAAACCGGUCCAAGUUCCUUCAGGUACAUGCCUCCUCUGGACACAAGUACUCCCUGAAAGAGGCCCUUUGUGACCCUUCUGUAGCUAGCCGCCUUUCAGACACUAAAGCUGCGGGGGAAGUAAAAGCCUUGGAUGACUUCUAUAAAAUGUUACAACAUGAACCUGACCGAGCGUUCUAUGGACUCAAGCAGGUGGAGAAGGCCAAUGAGGCUAUGGCAAUUGACACACUGCUUAUCAGCGAUGAGCUUUUCAGGCACCAGGAUGUCGCUACACGAAGCCGGUAUGUGAAGCUGGUGGACAGUGUGAAAGAGAAUGCUGGCACGGUUAGGAUAUUCUCUAGUCUUCAUGUAUCAGGGGAACAGCUCAGUCAGUUGACUGGAGUAGCUGCCAUUCUCCGCUUCCCCGUCCCUGAACUCUCUGACCAAGAGGAUGAUUCCAGUUCUGAAGAAGAUUAAUGAUUGGACCUUAUAACUGAUAAAAGCUGUGUCUCCAUUGUUACAUUUUCUUAGCAUCCUGACAGAAAGCUGCAAGGCACCUUGUGAUUCUUACAGGGAUUUCUCAUGUAUUUGGCCACACUAGGUAUUUUGUGAUUGGCAGGACAUGUGUUCAAACUAAGCAAUAAAUUAAAAGGAAAUAAUCGCCAUGUACUACCAUUUUUAUUAAUUAGAAUAAUUUAUGUAGAAAUUAUGAGUUAUUUGCAAUACUUAAAAAUACUUUGUAUAUAUAAGAAUGCCUAUAUAUUCUUUGGGAUAGAUCAUAAAAUCCCAGUGUCAUACUUUGAAAUAAGUUUUCCUUAGGAAAAGCUAUUUAAUAUUUCAUUAUCCUCAGUUUACAUUGUUUAUUUUAAUUAUGCAUAGUGUUCUUAUACGGGAUUUAAUGAUCCCUUUCCUCCAUUUCCUCUACACUUUUUUUUUUUAAUUUGCUAUUUUAAGUGAUGGCCAAAUAAUUUGUAGACUUUUCUAGAAGACAAAUUUAAAAUGUUAUUUUUCUUAAGAGACUUGUUAAAUCAGUCAUGUUACAAGUAAACUCGUGGUGGGUUUUUGUUUCGCCUUGUUUUACAGUUAAUCAUACUUGCUUUGGAGGAACACUUCAUCAGUUAUUUUUAGAUCAUAGAGUUUUGAUCUGCUAGGGAUUCUCAAGAUAAGUUAUUUGAGGUAUCUUUAUUUUUUUUAAAUGCAAUUAAGGUGUGUGAUUUGCUGUUACGUGGCUAAUUAGUGCUAAAGCUGAAAAGUAGUCCCUGCUCUGGGCUCCAUUUCUUUGCACUGCCACACUAAUUAUGUAUUUAUUUGGCUUAUCCUAGAUAUAUGUAGUGCUAUCUUAUAUUUCUAUGUGGCAUUAGUCUGUGCUUGCACAUUCUUAACCAACUGAGCCACCCAGGCGCCCUGUGCUUGCACAUUCUUAUUGGACUCUCUCUCUACAUCCUAUUUUAGGGGGUGAAAGGCCUGUUCAGAAAGUUUGAUUAAGUCACAUCAUUAGUAGUAUGUGGUAGUUGACUUGUACUCCAGUACUCUACUGUAAUGAGGGAGUUUCUGCUCUGCUAAUACCUGAGAUUUUAAAAUAUUUUCAUUAAGUAUUUUGGAUGUGCAUUUUAAGAGUUCGGGAGGGAUCCUUGGAAUGGACUUGCAUCCUGACCUUUUACAAACCUCAAUUUAGCAAAAUAAUUAGGAAAGGCAUUAUGAAGAAAGAGUGGUAAUUAAGUUUGUAACACAUUGGUACCUACUUCAAAUACAGAUACUAAGAAAACUUUUGCUGUCCUUUCUGUGUCUAGGCUUUUCUCCUGGGACAAGUGCCAGGUCUGGGGAUUAUUUUUUUUAUAAACUUCUAACUAAGCUGAGUUUAUUUUAAUCUAUAAUUAGGAAUAGACACUUCCUGGGCGCCUGGGUGGCUCAGUUGUUAAGCAUCUGCCUUCGGCUCGAGUCAUGGUCCCAGGGUCCUGGGAUCGAGCCCUGCAUCGGGCUCCCUGCUCGGCGGGAAGCCUGCUUCUCCCUCUCCCACUACCCAGCUUGUGUUCCUUCCCUCUCUUGCUGUGUCUCUUUCUGUCAAAUAAAUAAAUAAAAUCUUAAAAAAAAAAAAAAGGCAUAGACACUUGCAUAUACUUUAAAAUCACAUUUCUACAUAUCUACCUCCUAAAAAUAAUUUAGAUUGUCAUUUUAUUGUAAGUCCAUAGAUAUUUAAAAUACUAUGAAAAGCAUGUUAUUAAAUCAUUUGGUAGGUGGAUAGAAAUGAAACUGCUAAGAUUCUUAACGUUAGAACCUGAUUGAUAAUGACUCAUAUUAUCAGUAAGAAUUUGGAGACUUGGGGCAUAUAGUACUCUCAUAAUCUAUGCAGUACUGGUUAAUCCUAGCUCUGUUACCUACUGUAUUAGAAACAAGGAGAAAUGAAACCUACCCAUAAAUCUGACCAAUACAUUUUAGGUCAAAGGUUCUCAAAUUUAGCUGCUUAUUAGCCUGAACUUGGGAGCUUUUAAACUCGUUACCAUGACUGGAUCCCAGACUCAAUAACCUUUCACCCCUAGAAAUGGUUUUUUUUAGCUCUCCAGGUGAUUCCAUUAGGUAUCAAGACUUAGAACCAAUGAUUCAGGCCUUGCUGUUCAGAAGUGUGGUCCAUGGAUAACCAGCAGACUAUGGACCAAGACCCUGAGAGCUUGUUAGAAACCAGAAUCCUGGACCUUCUGAGUUUCAGUCUGUAUUUUAACAACAUCUCCAGUUGAUUACUAUGCAUAAUAAAAACUGAUAAACAUAGGCAAUAGUUUAUUCUCCCUGUACCAGUAAAAAUCUCUGGCUGGGGUUGCCAGCCAUAGAGAAGAACAUUUGAGUCUCAAGGUUGAUUUCAAGAGCGUUAAUUGGCCAGUAUUCAGCUUAACUAUCUAUAAAACUUCUCGAAAUAAAAGCGUAUUUUUUUUUUUUGUCUAUAAAGUACUUAAAAUAUCUUCAAGAAUUCCUAUUUUUAAAAAGUUACAUUUUGGGGUGCCUGGGUGGCUCAGCUCAGGUUUUGAGAUGGAGCCCUGCACUGGGCAUGGAGCCUGCUUAAGAUUUUAAAGUUUAAAGUUUAAAAGUUUUAAAAGAUUUAAAGUUACAUUCUGUACCAUUGUCAAGAGUAUUAAUCUUCAUAUAUGUAUAGGGUGAAAUACCAAAAUAGUGAUAGCAUAUAAAAUUUAAAAAUUAAAUUUUUUUACUAUUCUCUAAAAAUCAAAAUGAACCAUAAGUCUUUGGAAAUCGUAUUCAGUAGUCUAAUUCAUUACUAUGAAUGUCUAAUUUAACUUCUAUUCAUUAAUAAGGAACAGUUUGGUUACAAAUGGAAACACCUCUCAAGGCAAUGUUGUACUGUAAAUGUCCAUUUACCAUGAGGUACUUGUAAACAAAGAUUUGCUACCCUCCCCCGCCCCUGCAGUAUAAUAAAUGAGAAGCUGACAGAUUGUUUCAUUUUACUCUAGGUAUGAAAUAUAUCAAGUUUAUUUUGCUAAUAGGUCCCCCAUUUAUAUGUUAAGUAUUUUGCUAGCUUUAUGUCUGGAUUGUUGAUUCUGGAUUUCAUUUCAUUUCACUCUUCUAUACAAGGUGGAUCUUUUUCCACCCAGAUGCCACUAUAGUAGCUUUGUAAAACUAAUUUUCCUUUAUCUCUACCUAUUUUCUGUCAUUAACUUUAUUUUCCUUUUUUAAUCCCUGUGACCAGUUCUCUUAACCUCAAAAUAUCUUUAACAGAAGUGAUUCAUAUUUUUUGCAAUUCAUGUAUUGUGGAACUGAAAUUUCCUUCAUUGCUAAAAAUAAAAGUACACAGAUGAAUGGUGUAUAUGUGAGUUCCCCAAAGUAAAAGCUGUUACUGGGGAAAGGAGUAUUGUGCUUUUAAAUCAGAUAGUUUUCCAAGCAAAUAAGAUUGGAUAUUUGUGUUCAGUAUCAGAAUAUGUUGAAUUGCAUGUUGAAUAGGUGUUUCUAAGGUGAUUCUGAGUGUUUGAGGAGAAAGAAACCCUUUGCCUGUGUCCAGAUCCUAGAAAUGGGGCAUCUGUAUUUAUAUUAUACCCAUUAUUAAAGGUGGUACAUUUAGUUUUAUCCAUUUGGUUUUUAGUGCCUACUUUGAUCCAAGCACUGAGCUGGGUUUAGGAAAGACAAACAUGUAAACAAAUCACUGUUAAAAAAGCAACUUGUAGAAAGUGUAAGAGAGCACAGUGUUGGAAGGGGUCACUUUUAGGAGGAACUUGAUAGAGCUGGAGCCAGUAAAUUUACCUAAAAUGGUGAGAAGAACCCCAGAGAGGUUAUUGGGAAAAGGAGAGGGGCAGGGUAAGUAUGCUAAUCACAUUAGACCCUCCAUGCCACAAUAAAGAGUGGUUUGACAGUAAUGAGAAACUACUGAAAAGUUUAAGCAGGAGAAUGGCAUGUUUGCAUUUCACAAAUAUAACUGUUCAGCAGUAUCAAGGAUGAAUUGGAGGAGGCAAGAAGACUGGUUAAGAGAAUGCAUAUUAGAAAAACCCUGGGGAAAAGCAAUGUUGGCUUGAACAAGGGUAAUAACAAUAAUCCUUGCAACAAGAAUAAAAAGAAGUCAAUAGGCAAUAUGAAGAGAUAGGAUCAAAAGGACAUAGGCUGCAGAUUGUUGUUCAGUUAAAGAGUAGACCAUAGGGGUAAGUCUCAGAUUUUUUUUUUUAAUGUGGGAGAGAUGAUGGCACAAUUCAAAAAGCAAAACAAAAUAAAUCCAGGAAAUAUAGGAAGAGAAGCUGGCUUGCAAGGAAAAACAGUAAGUUCAGUUUUGAAUCUUUAAGGGCAUCUGGGUGGCUCAGUCAGUUAAGCAUCCGACUCUUGAUUUUGGCUCAGUCAUGAUCUCAGGUUGUGAGAUUGAACUCCAAGUCCAGCUCCAUACUAGGCAUGGAGCCUGCUUAAGAUUCUUUCUCCCCCCUCUGCUCUUCCCUGCCCCCCUCCCAACACUCUCUCUCAAAAAAACUGAGGAUGCCUGUAGGACAUCUGAAAUGCUCUUCCACCAGAUUUCUAUAUGCUCACUUACACUCUUAAGGUUUUUGCUAAAAGUUCACCUCAGUAAGUUCUAAGCCAGUAAGAUAACUUCUCCAAGAUUUCUUUCCAAGCCCUUCUUUGUCUUAGUUUUCUCUAUAAUGCUUAUUUCAUUUAGUUGUUUUGCUUAUCAUCUGUCUAGAAUGUAAACUCCAUGAGGGCAGACUAUUGUAUGUUAGGUUCAUUGCUAUAUCCUUAAUGCUAAGAACACUGGCACACAGUAGAUGCUCAAAAUAUUGGGGGGUGGGGGGGGUAAUGAAUGAAUGAGUGAAUUCAUUCAGUCCCUUAGUUAAGAAGGUCCCUUAGUUAAUUGAGCACACAGGCCUGAAGUUCAAGAAAAAGCAGUUGGCUGAGGUUAAUGAUAAAAGAAUUGUCAGCAUAUAAGUAAACCUGAAAUCAGAGAGAGAAAGAAAGGAAAAAAAAAAAAAAAUGGCCUAGCAAGAAUUAGUAAAGCUAGGGAAAAAGGCCAGGCACAGAAGCAUAGGGAAAUAGAUAAUCUCUUUAAAUGUUCCUUGACUCCAUUACCAAAGUCCUUUAAAGUAGAGAUAUUUCUAUGUUUCAAUAAUUAAUAUGGUCAGAUAAUUAUUUUUUCCCCUACAGAGCUCUUUAAUGUUCUAGAGAUAUACAAGUAGAAGAGCCAAAGUGCCAAAGUGUUGAUUACAUAAAAGUUGAGUUUUAAAAGUUCCUAAGAUAAAAAAUUUCUAAAUUUGAGGGCAAAAGCCAAAUUACUUUUGUAUAUGGGUUUUAAGUGAGUCUUAAUAUGCAUAUAUAUUUGCAAAUUUAGUAUAUGAAAGUUCCAAUUAAAAAAAGGAUAUAGUAGGGGUGAUAAUUGAACUUAUUAAGAGACUUUUUCAGGAUUUCCAUAACACAGGAAUUAUUAGCAAGUUCUGUCUCAUUCAGGCCAGGUUUAUAGCAGUAUUACUGCAAUUGGACCCUUAACCCUUGGGCUCCCUGUCCGUGGCAUCUUUGAUUUCCCUCAGCACACUUCUACUCCCUGCAGAACCACAAGUGUCACAACUGUGGCAUGGAUUUUGCAAUGUUUUAUUUAUAUUUAUUUUAAAAAUUGAUUUUGGUCAGCCCAUAAUUUUGUUUAUACACAUUUUUCGGUAAAUGAGUUUCCAAGUAGCAAUUUUAGUGAGGACUUAAAAAGAAGCACAACUUCAGAUAAAGUUUUCAAAACCUCUAAAUAGUUGUCUUCAUACUGAUGUGUCAGCAUCUUUAAGGUUUAUGCAGAGGUUCAGUUUAUGUAUUCUAGGAGAUGUAGUAUUUUAGACAAGCGCUAGUCAAGAUUUUCUUAAUGCAUUAUGUGCACUGCUGAUCAACUGGCAGUUUAGUAGAAGUUUAGCGCAGAAAUGUUACUGAAAAGUCCUAAUGAUUUCUAAGGGAGUUUGAGAUGGGAAUAUAAUACUUGUGUGUAUUAAUGAUGCCUUAUUUAGAAAAGAUUCAAAAGUCAACAAUGCAGUUGGUUAAGAUAUUGGGCAGUAAGGUCCAUAAUAAUGGUCUUGGAGUUUAGCAAGAACAAUCGGAGUAGUUACUUAAUGUAGUCAUCAAGUAACAGGUAAAUUUCACUAAAAAUGAAAAAUAAAUUGGCCAAAUUCAAUAAGGAGCUAGUUAGAUUAGGAAAACUAUAAAAAGCAUUGACAAAAGAUACUUGUUAAGCUGAAGUAGAGAUGAUAAAAUCUCAUUUGUCCUUUUUCUUUAUAUAGCAAGAAUUCUUCCUUUCUAGGGAGUGUUUGAUUUAGUAUCACCAUCUGUAUUCUCAUCCCUAUUUUAGAGUGUUCUUUAUAGAUUUCUGAGUGUAGUAAUUUGUAAGAUAACCCAUUUACAUUGCAGUAUUUAAUUUCUAUAUUUUAAGAAACAUGUCAGUAUAUUCUAUUGUGAUAACUCUGGGAAAGAAACUGGGAUAUUGUGAAUUUGUUCAUUUAAAUUGAGGUGAAACUAAUGCAUUUACUCAAGGAAAAUCCACUCUUGUGUGUAAUACUUUAGCUGCAAACAAAAUUGAGGCUAUCAUUUUUGCUCUUGACAGUGAAUAUUUUAAUUCUGUAAUAGCAGCAUCAAUAUGGGAAAGGUCUUACUUCCAGGUGCCAGUCACUAAAGUUUGUGACAUUUAUGAUAAAUUGUGGGGACUUGGAGUACUGCCUUCUUUUAAGUUCCUUUCUCAGCCCUUAACAUUCCCCACCUUAAAAUCCCAUUAUUUAGAAUACUAGUAUAAUGGAAAUGUGCCUGUUUUCCAUAUUGAAAGAGAGUUAAAGGACUUAGAGCUUAUUUCAGUGUAGGGUGCCACAUUUGGUUCAGAACUAUCUGGCAAGCUGUAAGCACAAGAGAAAAAUGUCUUUACAGACAGCAGUGCCUCGCCAUUCACAGGGUUGGCUCCACUGUCCCAAAUCCGGGAAUGGACAACAUAUCACAGUAUAGGUAACUACAUACUUAUUGAGGGCCAGGUCUGUGGUAAAGUACUUUAGACUGAAUUUUUUAAUUCUUUGAAGAGUCCUGCGAGGAAGAUUUUGUCAUUACUAUCUUCAGAUAAGAAAACAAAUUAGAAGAGGUUAAAUCAUUUGCCCCAAAUCACAUAGCUAGUGGGUGUGAGGAUGUGCCUACUCAAGCUAUAAUCUAAAAAAUGUAGGAAUGCCAGUUCAUUCCUUAGUUUUCUGUUUGGAGUAGAUCACAUGUGCCUAGAAAUAGAAGAAUUAUUCAAUAACACUAAAUUUUAUAUAAUCAGCCAAAGUUUAAGCAAUCAUUUUAUAAGUUUUUUAUUUACCUACCACUAUUAUUUUUCAUCUCUCUUUGAGUCUCAGGAGCUCAAACCUAUGGCAUUCUAUCUAGCAUAUGAGAAUUAGAAAGUGUAUGGAAACUGUUGCAAGACUAUGUAUUAGACCAAUCCCCUCAAGCCUUUAGUUAGCCUCUAUUAUUAUUUCACACCCAGUUUUAGCAAGCUUGUUUUAAAAAAAAAAAAUUUAAACCUACUAUGUUAAUUCAUGCAUUAUUUCACCAAACACAUAUUUACUAAAGUGUCUGAAGUAGCAGGAACUAUGCUGCCCUUGGGUAUGCAAAAAUGAAUUAAGAGUUUUUUCCCUACCUUUCAUCAGCAAAUUAAAUAUUGGGAGAGAUGAUCACAAGUGGCCAAGCUGACAGAGGUUCAAAAGAAGAAAGUCUAGGGCUGAGACUAUUUCACUGGGGUCUGAGGACAUUACUGUAUUAUAGUAACUGAUGUUCAUAUUGAGGAAAAGAUUGAAUUACAUUCAGUGUAUUCUGUUAAAAAAUCAAGGAAAUAUAAUGUCUUUCAAAAGUAUUUUCUUCCAAAAUUAUUAAAAGUUAGUGGUACUUAAAGAAAUCUUUAGCUAUCUGUCAUACCUAGAAUGACAGUUCCAGAUAGCCAGAGUUUUACUAAACCAUAAGAUCUCAAUAAUAAAACAGAAAUAAUUGUUGAAAGAUAAAUUCUCAUUAAGGAAAAAACUCCAAUAGAUUUUAGUUGUAAAUUUAUCAGACAGAGAUGGGAGGUCCUGUGAGUUCAAGUCUAUGUUCCAGAAGUUUUAUGUCUGGAAUUUUUCAUCAAGUCCUAGUGUAAACAUUGACAAGAACUUUUUGUUUGACACUGUUAUGAAAAAUUGCUCUGUGAAUAUAAAGCAUAUUUUAAUCUUUUAUUUCACCUCAUUGAUCCUGGAACCAUAAUUUGUAGUUUUUUCUUCCUCUGCAAGUGUACUGUUGACAAUGAUAGGAGUCACUUUUUUCUAGGGGGAGGGGUUUGAGGUGGAGGAGAGGGAGAUUGAAAAUACAUUGCCGUGCAUGCCUGUGAAUCGUUUAGAAUCAUGAAAGGUUCAUGCUGUAAGGAACCGUAUAUGUCAUCUGGCCUGCUCACUUCAUGAUAUAGAUGUAAACUUGAGGCCCAGAGAGAGUUGGUAACUUGUUCAAAGUCACAUGAAUAGCAGUUUUUCAUAGGGUUCACAUUCCUGUUUGAUCCAUCCUGUUCGAAUUUCUUACCCGUUUUCUUGUCACCAAUGCAUAUUGGGAGAUGGUUAGGUUUGAGAAACAAGGAAAUUAGGAUCUUAGAAUGCUUUAAACCCUCAUUUACCAAAUAAUUUAUCUUGUGGCAAAGCAGUUUCUCUUUCGGCAGCAUCACUGAGACCCAAACUUAGCUUUGAAUUUCAGUUGUUCAUUCCUUGGAGGAGUAUUUAUCUUCUGCUAGAGAAAGAUCCUGCCUCCUACCUUUCUUUUUCUGAGAAGCAUUUCAUUCUUCUGACAACCAUUUACUAAGUGCCUACUAUGUGCCAGGCACUUUGCCAGCCCCCAGCAAUAUAAGGUGAGUAGAAAAGAUUGCAGUCCCUUCCUUACAGGGAAAGCCAGUCUAGGAUGGGAAACAGACAGUAAACAAGCUAUCAUGGCACUGCAAUUGGUACAGGAAUAAGAAAUGUUGUAGAAGACACAUCACCAAAGGCAAGGGAAGCAAGGGCAAAAAUGAACUAUUGGGACUUCAUCAAGAUAAAAAGUUUUUGCACAGCAAAGGAAACAGUCAACAAAACCAAAAGACAACUGACAGAAUCAGAGAAGAUUUUUGCAAAUGACAUAUCAGAUAAAGGGCUAGUAUCCAAAAUCUACAAAGAACUUAUCAAAUUCAACACCCAAGGAACAAAUAAUCCAAUUAAGAAAUGGGCAGAAGACAUGAACAGACAUUGCUGCAAAGAAGACGUCCAAAUGGCCAACAGACACAUGAAAAAGUGCUCAACAUCACUUGGCAUCAGGGAAAUAACAAAUCAAAACCACAAUGAGGUACCACCUCACACUAGUCAGAAUGGCUAAAAUUAACAAGUCAGGAAAUGACAGAUGUUGGCGAGGAUGUGGAGAAAGGGGAACCCUCCUACACUGUUGGUGGGAGUGCAAGCUGGUGCGGCCACUCUGGAAAACAGUAUGGAGGUUCCUCAAAAAGUUGAAAAUAGAGCUACCCUAUGACCCAGCAGUUGCACUACUGGGUAUUUACCCCAAAAAUAUAAAUGUAGUAAUCUGAAGGGACACCAGCAAACCAGUGUUUAUAGCAGCAAUGUCCACAAUAGCCAAACUAUAGAAAGAGACCAGAUGUCCAUCAACGGACAAAUGGAUAAAGAAGAUGUGGUGUAUAUAUAUAUAUAUAUAUAUAUAUAUAUAUAUAUGUACACACACACACACACACACACACACACUGGAAUAUUAUGCAGCCAUCAAAAAUUAAAUCUUACCAUUUGCAAUGACAUGGAUAGAACUAGAAGGUGUUAUGCUCAGCAAAAUAAGUCAUUCAGAGAAAGGCAAUUAUCAUAUGAUCUCACUGAUAUGUGGAAUUUGAGAAACAAGGCAGAGGAUUAUAGGGGAAGAGAGGAAAAAAUGAAACAAGAAGAAACCAGGGAGGGAGACAAACCAUAAGAGACUCUUAAUCUCAGGAAACAAACUGAGGAUUGCUGGAGUGGAGCGGGGUGGGAGAGAUGGGGUAACUGGGUGAUGGACACUGGGGAGGGUAUGUGUUUUGGUGAGCACUGUAUAUUCGGUAAGACUGAUGAAUCACAGACCUGUACCCAUGAAACAAAUAAUACAUUCUAUGUUAAUAAAAUAAUAAUUAAAAAAAAGAAAUGUAGUAGAAUGUAGGAGCUCAGAUGGUGCUCUUAAUUCAGACUGGCUUCACUGAAGAGGUGCUAUCAGAGCUAAACUGAUCAAUUCCAGAAGCCCACAUUGAUCUUCCAUUGUUUUCCAGAGAGAUAAGGCAAAGAGAACUGAGGACAUUUACCUUUUAAAGCCCCUCAAGUUUAUUUGGUACCUUUUUCUUCUAUGUAGGGUCACUGUAAUCCCUAAGCUCUCUAGAUGUUAAAUAUUUACAGUAAAGAGUCAACAAACCUAAGAAGAAGAAACAUCAUGGAGAAAGGAGAUUACAUCACCUCCUACCCUCAAAACUGAGUGGAAAAGUACAAGUGGAAUGAGAAGUACGGAUCAGGGACCAUGACUGAAAUGACCGGAGAUUCUGGAACCUUUAUAUUUUCCACGUUUUUGUUUUCUCCUGUUCCUCUGUCAUGACUAACAGCAAAACAGUUAAUCCAGAAAGGACAGCAAAGAAGGAGAUGGUGAGAGGGAGAGCAUGGGACAUUAUGUCCUACUCCAUAGCCAUUCUUGGAAGAGAGGAAGUCCAAAAGAGAGGGGCUGAUGGCAGCUACCUCAGGGCAAGGAAAGCAGACCGCUGGCCAGCUGUCAAGAAAGAAGUGACAGGGUACUUGCUUAGGUCUGGGGAGGGGGCCACGGGGGGAAGGCCCAGAGGCUGGACAGUAGAAGGACCUGCUAGAGUCUUUCCUCUUUCUUUAUUCAGCAUUUUAUCCUCAGUGUAAAAUUUAGGGAAACACCCUUAAUAAAAAGGAAUGACUUCUCUCUUAAGUAGUAUGUUUCACUAACUGGCCAACAUGGAUGGGGUAUGGUGGAAGGAAAGGAAAUUUUCUGCAGAAGAGAGAAAAGAACAAUAUAAAAGGAGGAAUGACUCUGGGAACAGCUCUCUGACCCUUUGUGUCUCUUGGUGUUCUUAACUGAGUGAAAAGACAUGGAAUACAUGUGGAAUGGUGGGGAAGUAGGAAGAGCUGAAGUAAAAUUAUCUGCCUCAUUAAAUGUAGUCAUAUAUUUUUUUAAAAAAUUAAUCUGUUAUCACUAAAACUCAGAUACUAAAUUUCUCACUCUGGGCCUAACUCCUUGCCUAGAACUUAAGAGAGCUUAAUAAGUGUUAGAAUUUUUCUUAUCUUUCUGGAAAUCAUCUUCACCUUAUCUGACUCCUCUACUUGCCCUAAGUCACAGUAAAAUAUAGUGGGAAAUGGGGUGAAUAGACAGGAAAUACAGAGAAAGACAAGACCUUUUGAUAAUGGUUUGUUAUGGAUUUACUCUUAGAUUUGCGUUUGAUGCAUGUGUUCACAUAUAUUCUUCUGGAUGAAUUAGAAACUAAUUGUCAGAAUCAAGAGUAUAGUACUUGAGACUGUGGAAAGGAUGUUACAUACCAAAAAUUACAAUGUAAUUUGAAUGCUAUUUGCCACAGUUACCAAAGAUCAUAUAUAAGCAUUUGCAAAAACAUUGCAUUUGUGAACAACCAAAAUGAAUCACAGCAGAAGAAAUCAUUUGGCCAUUUUCAGAGGACUCUGUGGCUGUGGCAGGGCAAACAUGAAAACUGGCCUGUGAGUCAGGAGAUCAGGAUGUACCCAGGCCCUACCAUUAGGUUGUGUGACUUGAGGAAAUCACUUCAUUCUUUUGAGCCUCUGUUUUUUCAUCAAUAGAAUGAGGAAAAGACGGGUGGCCCUUGAUUUCAUAGUUGCUCUUGCAGAUCUCUGAUUCUACUGGGUACAGUAGCAAUAACUGCUUGUUAUUUUUAAAAUUUGUAUCUUUCCAGCAAAAUAAAUCUUCAGUGAUU